GCUACAUCUCCAUUAGCAUUUAGCGCCAAGACGACACAUUUCAACAAGAACGACAACGCACCUCAUACAGAAUUGAAUUAUAUACACUUAAGCCAAAUAACACCUCAUCAUGGCCGAUGCAGAAGAGAAGGCCCGCAAGGAGAAGAUUGCUGCGGCCAAGAAGCGUGUCGAGCAAUUGAAGAAGAAGAAUAAUAAGAAGGCCACUCCAGCAGCAAAGCAAACAAAGCCAGAACCAGCCGAAAUCGCCGCGCCCGAACCCGUCGCCGAAAAGGCUGAGGCCGCCCCAGCGAGCGAAGAGAAAGCCGUCGAAGAACCCAAGAAGAAGGCUCAAGAGAAGCCACCUGCUAAGGAACCCGCGCAGCCACUUAAAGUGGAAACCCAGGAGAGCAGCGACGAAGACGACGAUAGCGAUGAAGACAGCAGCAGUGACGAAGAGACCUCGGCUUCCGCUACCCCCUCUCUCGCCCAACAGUCGAAACUGAGAUCUACAUCAUUUCGUGCCGGCUCCAUUACCUCAGGAGGUGCUGCGCCUGCCAGCCCUUUCAGUCCCGAUGGAGAAACUGCUCCAGAUAUCUACAGAAAGCACAUGGCCAGAAUCGAAGAAUUAGAAAAGGAGAACAAACGUUUAUCUAAAGAGGCGGCGGACUCGGAGAAGCGAUGGCAGAAGGCCGAAAACGAAUUGGCCGACAUACGCGAGGCCGAUGGUGAAGAUACAGAAAAAGCAGGUGGACACGAAGAUGGGCUUUUGGAUAGUUUGAAGAGCCAAGUCGCCUCGCUUCAACGUCAAAACACCCAGCUCCAACAACAGGUAUCGCGAGGACCUGGUCAUGGCCACCGUCCUUCCAUGUCUGUGGCCUCACCUCCAGCAGAUCUCAAGGCUGAGCUCGAGGCCAAGACAGCAACCAUUGAGUCUAUGGAAAUUGAAAUCUCGAAACUCAGAGCACAGGCAGAGCGACACGCCAGUGGAUCGUCGUCCGAAAAGGAACAAGUUACUGCUCUGGAGGACAAACUAGCCCGUGCUGAGGCUGCAGCGGGUAAGGCUCAGCGCGAACUACAGGACCUCAAGCACAACCUCGAGAGGACAGCAGAGAAAGCAGUCCGCGAAGGUAGCGAACGAACAAGUGCUGAGACCAAGAUCAAGACUCUCGAGCAUGAGCUCGAAGAGGUCAAGAGCGCUCGCGAUGAGCUGGAGAAGAAGGUUGAGGCAUUGGAUAAGAAGGCGACGACCCUGACUACAUUACAUAAGGAGCAAGAUUCCCGCUUACAGGCGAUCAAGAAGGAGAAGGAGAAGGCAGAACACGAUGUCACAGAGUUGAGGGCACAGGUUGAGAAGCUUGAGAGCGAAAAUGCAAAGCUCCGAAGCAGGAAGUCCAUGGAGGGUGGCGGCGGAUUAGACGAUGAAGGUGUUGAUGAACUUGAGGAUGAGGAACGCCAGAAACUUGAGAGAAAGAUCCGAGCGCUGGAGAGCGAAGUGCAUGAGCUUCGAAGUGGAGCAUGGAUUGAGAAACGUCGCGAAUUGGAGGCAACUAGUCCAGGCUUCCAUGAUGUCGACCUCUCUCCUGGACAUGCGAUGUCUCCAACUCAGCGUAGGAAAUCGGGACCUGGAGGAGGAAUUGGUGAUUUCUUUACGAGUGGCCUCAACGCUCUCGCCGGUGGUAAUGAUGAUGAUUUCCUUGAGGACGACGAUAUGGACUUUGACGAGGAUGCAUUCCGCAAGGCGCAAGAGGAGGAGUCAAAGAGACGGAUCGAGCGGAUCAAGGAGAUUAAGAGAUCACUUAAACAUUGGGAAGGUUGGAGGUUGGACAUUGUUGAGAACAGGAGGGGAGGAAACGAAGGAGUUGGUGAGAUCUUUGACGUUUGAACUGAUGCUGGAUGUUUGCAGUGUUGCUGGGUGGACGAGGCCCAAGUAAGGAAUGUAUUAUUAGAAUAGAAAGAGAUUCCGGGACGAUAAACGGAAAGGAUAUCGAUGAUUAUUCUCAGCCGCUGUGGCAUAUCUGUUUCCGGUUUUGUUUCCGAGACCUCAUGAAAUAUGAGUCGAUAGUCUCCUACCCUGAGGUUGAUAGGCCCGACAGAAUGAAAGGGCACCUCGGUGCUACUACAGCAACCAUUGGUUUCGACUGAAUGAGGUAUUUAAAUGCCUGUUCAUUCCUUCACUGCCGGAGGGCCCGUGAACUCUGAUGAUUCCCGCGGGACAAGUACGUAUCCGACUCGAAGAACGGAACAUAACCAGACACACAGCUGGUAUGAAGCAUGUUGGAAAUAUGCUUACCCAGAGGCAAUGAUUGAGUUGGAGCCAUAUUCGGAAGCUCACAAUCACUACAUAUCCCGACUCUAAAACCCGGCAUCGAGUGUCGGUAUCUCAUUCCUGUUGCUCGGACAUCAACCGAAUAUCGUCCCCCGAUGACGGCGCGGAGAGUGGAUACCCUGACCGGAGAUCCGAGUUGGAGAACGGAGAUGCGCUCCGCGCCGAGAUGCAAGAGGCCGGGAGGUGUUAUUCCCGGUAGAGUGUGCCAAAAGGGUUUAUAUAAAUCAAUCAAUAUGAAGCUCAGAGCAUCAUCAUACUACCUACACCAAAUUGAGGUUCUGAGGCUUGCAUCGGACCCGCUUACUUCCGGCUCAUGUUUUAAGAUCGACCACCUGUAACCGUAUCAAAAUGCAACUGAGAAGCUUCCAGCACUCGGCGACAGUAACACCGAGAUGAGGCAAAAAACGAGAGCAGCUGUCAUGCACGAGAUGUAGCGCCUAAUUUAAAGCCAAGCAGCCAUAGCGUCCGGCGGUAGUCGUCGUCCCCCACUGAGCGGGGGACCAAGUGCGGAAUCCAUCGACACUAGUGUUAACCGUCGAGGCUGGGACUGGCUGGGCAUUUUUUUCUCUCUGCUUGCAGCUUUUGAUGCGGUGCCCCAGCUCGGUCAGGUACCGAGCCUCAUCCCCAAAAGAACCUGGCAGGAAGAGAAAAGGAAUACUCGAGACACACCCUGAGAGUUGGGGGGAUGUAAUGGAGGCUACGAGGGGUCUAAAGACUCUCGAAAAUUAUCGCGAGAUGGUCAAUUGAGGUGAAGUUGAGCUUCAUGUUGGACAAGAACGUCAUAUGUAGACAC